AACCUGCACUGCACAGUCGAGAAUUCUCGAAGAAAAAAAAGUUAGAGCUUCUAGUUUGAGUAUCAAUAAAUGGUGGACCUGUCCAUGAUCGACAUGGAAUGGCUACAAGAGCCAUUGAGAUGGCUGUUUGUUGCCUCGGUCAUCUUCGUGUUGCUGCAGCGGCGGCGUGGCAAGGCGCCGCCGCUGCCCCCAGGACCGUAUUCACCGCCGAUUGUCGGCAAUAUCUUCAUGAUGGACCAGCUGACUCACCGGGGCUUCGCAGCGCUGGCCAAGCAGUAUGGCGGCCUUCUCCACCUCCGCCUUGGCAAGGUCCACACCUUCGCCGUGUCGACGCCGGAGUACGCCCAGCAGGUGCUGCAGGCCCAGGACGCCGCCUUCUCGCACCGGCCAGCAACCAUCGCCACCACCUACCUCACCUACGACCGUGCGGACAUGGUGUUCGCCCGCUACGGGCCAUUCUGGCGCCAGAUGCGCAAGCUGUGCGUGAUGAAGCUCUUCAGCCGGCGCCGUCCUGGGACCUGGCUGGCCGUGCGCGACGAGUCUGCGGCCCUCGUCCGUGCCGUGGCCCGGCGGAGCGGUGAGCCCGUCAACCUUGGCGACCUCAUCUUCAACCUCAGCAUGAACGUCACCUUCCGCGCCGCGUUUGGCGCUGAAGCCGCCGGUGACGGUGAUGGCCGGAAGCAGCACGAGUUCAUCGCUAUCAUGCAGGAGUUCUCCAAGCUCUUCGGCGCGUUCAGCAUCGGCGACUUCAUCCCGUGGCUCGGCUGGGCGGACCCACAGGGCAUCAACGUGCGCCUCCGCGCCGCGCGCACCGCCCUCGACGAGUUCAUCGACAAGAUCAUCGACGAGCACAUAAAGAGGGGCAGGAACCCUGACGACAUGGACGCCGACAUGGUAGACGGCAUGCUCGCGUUCCUCCCUGAAGCCAAGCCGGACAAGGCCGCGGGCGACGACCUGCACCACACGCUCCGCCUCAACCGUGACAACAUUAAGGCCAUCAUCAUGGACGUGAUGUUUGGCGGGACGGAGACGGUGGCAUCGGCAAUCGAAUGGGCAAUGGCCGAAAUGAUGCACAGCCCAAAUGAUCUCUUGCAACUGCAGCAGGAGCUCGCCGACACGGUGGGUAUCGACCGAAAUGUGGACGAGCCGGACCUCAACAAGCUCUCCUUUCUCAAAUGUGUGAUCAAGGAGACACUCCGGUUACACCCUCCCAUCCCGCUGCUCCACCGCGAGAAUGCCGAGGACUGCGUGGUUGGCGGCUACUCCGUGCCCCAGGGCUCGAGCGUCAAUAUCAAUGUCUUCGCAAUGGGCCGCGACACCAAGGUGUGGAAGGACGCCGAUACAUUCCGUCCGUCACGGUUCAUGGAGGGGGAAGGGGAGGCAGCGGGGGUCGACUUCAAGGGCGGGUGCUUCCAGUUCCUGCCGUUUGGGUCUGGUCGUCGUUCGUGCCCCGGGAUGGCUCUCGGCCUGUACUCGCUGGAGCUCGUUAUUGCGCAGCUCGCCCAUGGGUUCAAUUGGGCGCUGCCCAACGGUGAGAAGCCGUCUGUGCUCGACAUGAGUGACAUUUUCGGCCUCACCGCACCACGUGCCACAAGGCUCUGGGUCGUGCCCACGCCCCGACUUACCUGCCCUUUGGUUGUUGAUGUCUGACGCCGCGUGCCAGACAUGAUAUCGUGAGCGCACAGCUGAUGGUAUCUACCAGCUGCGCAGGGCGUGAUGGUGUUUGAUCAGCGUGUUAGUUAAUCUACUAGUUGUAGCUGUAGCUAUUUUCCCCUUUUGUGUUAGAUAUUUCCUAGCUUCGUUUAGACACGAUCGCACCCGUAUAAAUCGGCUGCCCUGGACGUGGAAUUGUGGGCAUCGUGGAGCCGGGUCACGAUCGUUCCUUUCAUCAUGAAUAAAAAGGAAAUGAAGAAUGACAGAAAAACAGGAAGUUGUUCGUAGCACAAAUGUUUACACCAGCAUGUUAUUCUUGUCCUUUGUUUCUCAUCCU